AGACGGAUCGAAAAGAAAAAAAGAAAAUUCAUCAAUACUAUUCCUACCUACUGCACAAAACAUUUUAAAUGGAUAUUUUACGCGAUUUCGUUGUUUUUGCUUUACUUUUGUCGUACAUUGUUGUGAAACAUAGUUAUACGUAUACACAUACUUGGAAUUCGAGAGUUAAAGGCACAGAUCAUAAGUGGUACAAUAUAUAUUAUGAUGCGAUAACAAGUAAAAAGAUACCGAUGCUUCAACGGUUUGGGGAUCGACAAGAUGAACCAAGUACUGCACGAUUUGGAAUUAUACCAUGCUCAUGUCAAGAUUUGACGUGCGGUUGUUGUGCCCAGUUCAACGUACGAUUUUUCGAUUACAAUAAAAAAGGAUGUAUGAAUUUCACUUACGAUCCUUAUGACUUUGCAAUCACGGGAAACAUGUUUAUGGACGACGAGUCAAUGUACGAGUACAAGGUAUCCGCUAAAAAUCCACCGCCGGCAUGUCUACGAGUUCCUGUGCCGUACUUACCCUCGAUGGACAUGUGCAUGAAAAUGUUCGACAUCUACACGCCCGGCAGAAACUUGCACGCGUGCGUCAAUUUCGUCACGCGAAUCGAACACGCCGAAGUGCUCGUGUUGGAAUUCGAUUGUUUCGUGAUCGGCCGGGACGGCGUGAACAUGCACAAGUACAACACGACCUCGUCCACGACCGCCACUGACGCCGCCACUGCCACCGCUGACGAUGAAACUACUACUUCUACUACUACCACUAUGUCUUCUGCUGCAACGACAGUGCAGACAUACGACACGACGGCACCCGACCUGGACAUCACUGUCGCGGAGGUGAUCGCGCACUGA